AUGUCCGUGGCAAAAGCCGUUUUAGUCUUGACCGUCCUCGUGAGCUCCUACUCCGCAAGCGAUGACGUCGCACUGGCAAGAGCAACAAACGUGUUCGGUAUAAAUCUUCUCAGGGAACUCUCUUCGGUGAAGCCAAGACAAAAUAUCGUGUUCUCGCCCAGCAGCAUCUCCGUGGAAGUCGCUAUGGUCUACGCCGGAGCAGCAGGUCAGUGUGCCGAAGAGACAUCCAGGGUGCUCGGCCACAUUGGCGUAGGACUGCUGGAUCGGGACACUGUUCUUGCUUCUUACAAGAAGCGCAUCAAUGACACCAGUGACAUCCUCAUGAUGGCCAAUGCAGUUCUUGUUCGCAACACUUCUAGCGUUUUGGACACAUACAAGAGGACUCUUCAAGAAGUGUUUGCUGCACAGUUUAAGUCAGUCGACUUCUUGGCUUAUGGUUAUAGAAUGGCAGCUGAAAUAAACGAGUGGAUGUGUGAGAAGACAGAAGGGCGUGUAACCAAAGGAAUUCUGGAUGGUAUGCCCAUGAACACGGUGGUCUAUGUCGUCAGCGCGGCUUCUCUCGCGACCUUGCCUUGGAUUUCCCAGUUUGAACCCAACAACACCAGGAUCCUACCGUUUUUUAAUCACGGAACUGAGCUCGCGCGGCGGGAGGUCAUGACCGCCACAGCUAACAUAAGACACGCCAAGCUUCCUGAUCUGGAGUCAGAGGCCAUUGAGUUGUUGGGCACAGACCUCCGACGUAGCAUGGUCAUCGUGCUGCCUGACAGCAUAACAGGAUUGUCCAAGCUCAGAGCCACCUUCAAUGCACAGAAUAUAGACGACAUUGACACAGAGUUGCGAUCGCAGCGGGUUAAUCUGAGGCUGCCUAAAUUCAAGAUCAACAACCGGCAUAACCUGGUGCCAACAUUGAGGGAAUUAGGAAUUAAUUGUGUCUUCGGUACAGAGCCCGAUUUGUCAAAAAUGUCUUGUGACAAGAAUUUGUACGUGUCAGAAAUCGCCCACGUAGCGGUGAUGACCGUCAACGAAGAGGGUGCCGGUUUCAUUAAUCCAACACCAGGCUGGACGCCUAACGCCGAAAGGGCCAUGAGACUUCGACCGCUCGAUUUUUACGUGGAUCAUCCUUUCCUCUUCUAUAUCAGGGACAGACUUGCCAACACCAUUUUGCUGAUGGGGGAAGUGCAUGAAUUGUGA